GAUCAUUGCUAGACAACAAGCUCGGGCUUCUGACAUUCACGCAUCGGCAACGCAGAGCAGAGCAGCAGCGAGAAAGUGCAGAGCGGGCAAAGGCAUCGUAAAAUCUCCCCGGUCUACCGUGUUCUCUCCUCGGUCCUGAACGUGGCGCUCCCUGGCAGACGGAUGCGUGCUUGUUCCGGCUAGCAACCUUUUUUUUUUUUUUAACGCCGCGUCUUGGAUUUCGCGAGGGAUUUUUUUUUUUUUUUUUACACCGCGACGCUCGGUCACUCACUGGCCGGGAUCCCGCUAGACGGCCCGGGGUCAGACAGGCGCUGUGUCCGGCCAGCCAAGCCGCAGAGCCCGCUUGGAGUUGGGACGCAAACGUCUCUGAUUGGAUUCUUGUUUUCUGUCAUCGCAUCGGCUGCUAGUCCCACUUCGCACAUUUUUUUCUCUCUCUCUCUCUUUCCUUUUCCAAUGCAACCUUGACGCCAUUUUCCUGGGGUUUUGUGUCAAAAAGCAUAUAAGUGUAUCCCCGGAGCGCGUGACAGCUCCCCGGGAGGCUGUCAUCCCAUCCGUCGCCUGUGUGAAACGUCUCUAAAUGGAUUGUAAAUGAUCUUGAUGAAUAAUUUACACGUCAGAGCCCAGUGUGUGACAACAUUAGACAUGGAUUGUCGCUGGCUUCCCAAGGUUUCCGUGGGCCAACCAAGCCAACCCCAAUAGCUGAUUGACAACAAAACCCAGCAGUCCGACAGACUUCCAUUGUCUUUUCCCCGAUUGGCUGGCUGCCACUGCUUCCCCCCAUCCUGACUGGCUCUGGCGGGUGAGUGGAUGGAGCCAAGGGAUCCGGUUGGCUCGGCCCGACCCAAAGAGGCGGAGUUACAGGGAGGCAGGGCGGAGCGGAAUGAAGACGAAGGUGCCGGAGGUGUCGGCUCGGCACGCGGCGACGAUGUGAUUCAUGGUGGCAUCAACGAAGGGGAGGGCCUUGAAGAGCAAGGGGAGGGGCUUCUGGAAGAGCAGGAGUUCUCCAUCAAGGAAGCAAGUUUUCAGGAAGGAAGUCUAAAGCUGAAAAUCCAGACCACCAAGCGCACCAAGAAGCCCCCCAAGAACCUUGAGAACUAUAUUUGCCCGCCGGAGAUCCGGAUGACCAUUCGACCUCCCUCCGGAGAGGGCAAAGGGGGGCGUCAGGGGCGGACAGGAGGGCGGGGUCAAAAGGAUGAAGAACGUGGACCGCCCAGAAAAAGGACGUACGAGCGCCAGUUCCGGUCUGUUCAAGGAGGCCUGUUGCAACUACUGGGAGAUCCCUCUCCACCUAAACACCAGCCUCGCAACACUCCACUCCCCGCACCAACUCUUUCCCUCGCACAACCGGUACAACACACCCCCACGCAACAGUUCCAACACGCUCCUCAGCACCAAGGCAGUCCCGACUGGAUCGCGUUCAGAGCACCUUCUGCUUCUCAAGCCAACCCUGCGGACUCCGAGCCAGCCGCACAACAGGCGGGGGCCAGUAGGAGCUCUUUGAUGGAUUCGAACGCACCUUUCUCAAGAACUGUGACUCAAAGCCAGUCACCUCAAAGAUCGUUGACUCCAGACCUGCAGUUGCCAGUUGUUACAGAUGCCAGUAUUCUCAACUUGACCUCUCUCAGCAGGGGGAGAGGUAUACAGGAAGUUAACGAACAGCUCUUUGGGAACAUCAAGAGGAAGUAUGGCAGGAAGGACUCCCAGAAGAUGCUUUCUAAUCCUGAUACGCAGUGGGGAAGACAAUCUGAAAAAGAAACAGAGAGCCCAUCUAAAACAGAGGACAGGCAAAGGUACCGACAAGAGGAGAUGACUGAGCAGUUUGGGGAAGAAAGAGAGGAAAGAAGGAAGGAUGAGAGAGAGCGAACACUACCUGGCAGGAGAGUGGUCGAAGAGGAUAGAGGGAUGCUCGGGCUGACAGAGGAAGGAAAAGGAAGAAAGAGGCGAAGGAGGCCUUCUUUUGAUGAGUCCUUUUCUGUUGAAGAAAAGUCUCGGCAGCGACAGGACUCUGACUCAACAGAGAAACUCCAGCAUAAACCUCCAGAAUCCAAAGUCGCUCAUAAGAUGGAGACUUACAAAAAUGAUUCCAAGCUUUCAAGUCAGCUUGACGUCAGUGGACAGGGGAUAGAAAAAUACGAAAGACUGGAUAAAGGUGACGAAAGAGACAAGGGAGAAAAGUUAGACAGAACAGAAAGAGAUGAAGCAGUUAGGAAUGGGCCAGAUCCAGAAUCAACUUUUAGUAUCAACAGAAUGAAAAAGAACAUUUUGGACCGUCCCAAGAACAACACUGAUUCCCAUAAACACAGAGAUCUUGCUCCUAACAUGAACAAACCUAUCAUCCCCACAAUUCCCAGACUCCCUAGCCCAAACCCCAGUCCUAGCCCCAGGGGAAGUAUGAGUCUAAGCCCUAAGCCCAGGCCAAACUUAAGCCCCAGCCCCAGACCGUGGGGAACCUUGAGUCCUAGCCCAAGUCACAGCACCAUCUCGACAGUGAGUUGUAGAUCAAGCAAGGGUAAAGACAGAUGGUCUUACCUGAAAGCUAAAACCCACACAAGCAUCACCUCACCCCAGAGAGACAUCUGCAGUAGUCCAUCAAUGGUAGCCGACCCACCGUCUGCCUUCCCUAUCACUCCUUCUAGUCCGCUUUAUACAAAUACUGACAGCCUGACCGUCCAUAUGCCCAUCAAAAGGAAGCGAGGACGCCCCAAAAAGCAGCCCCUUCUGACUGUGGAGACCAUCCACGAGGGCACGUCCACUUCCCCCCCCAGCCCCCUUACGCAAGAAACUGCUGCAGGGCUAAACCGCAGGAGAAAGACACACUCACCAAACACAUUACUGCAAAUGCCACCAACAGCAACAAGUGCGGAUGAUAAUGGUCUGAAAGUAAAACGUGGAAAAAGCAAUUCAAGGCCAGUGAGCAAAGUUAAGCUUGGUAAAAUGCAGAGCAUUCUAAAUGAGAUCCUGUCGAGCUCCAGUAAGACCAACAUGCUGAAAUCUCCUGCACCUGUUACCUCUGCUAUGAGUGCCAUGGCAUCCACCAUUGAGGCUCGUCUAGGAAAACAAAUAAAUGUCAGCAAGAGAGGAACCAUCUACAUCGGUAAAAAGAGAGGCCGGAAACCUCGAGCUGAAAUGCAAUGCUCCAAUCUUCCAAAAUCACAAAGGGACAAGCCGUCCAUGUGCGCCUCAAUGUCCAGUCUGUAUGAGAGCUCAGUUGCGGCAUCAAAUACUUCUUCUCCCUGCUCCAGUACGCCGUCAAUGCGAGCCAGCCACUCUGAUUCCACUAUGCCUAGUCUGCAGCCCAUUACAGCCCUACCCCCCAAACCUCAAGGAAGAGGAUUCCUGUCUGGGGGAUGGAAACUGUCACCUCCCCGUCUCCUCGCUAAUUCACCCUCUCAACUAUCGGAAGGUGCAUCAGUGAAGGAGGUCACCUUGUCUCCAAUCAGUGAGUCCCACAGUGAAGAGACUAUUCCCAGUGACAGCGGGAUUGGGACUGACAACAACAGCACCUCAGAUCAGACUGAGAAAGGCCCCGCCUCUCGACGCAGGUAUUCAUUUGAUCUGUGUGGAUUUGAGGCUACCGAGGCUGCUGCUCUGGAAGCAUCCGCCAAAAGCAGCAGAGCUCGAAGUGAACGACAAGUAGCUACAGUAGACAACUUCCUUACCCAACAGGAGAAGAAGCAAAAACAUAAUCGCCGUAAGAGGAAGUGUCUUCAGAGUCGGGAUCAUCUUCAAUUUCUUUCUGAGCUAGAGGAGGUUGUGUCAAAGCUCCAGGAGCUUCAAGUGUCUCACAGAAGAUACACUUGCUACCCACAGCAUCCCUAUCCCUCAAUUUUCCGUCUCAACUUUCACCAUUAUUACCCGCUCACCUAUGACACAUACCCCUGCAACUCCAGUCCGUACAUCCGUAGGAGUGCUGAACUAAAGGCCAAGAGGAGACGGGGUCGUCCAGCCAAAGCCAGUGAGCCCAUUGCCUCGAAGCUACCUUUUGUUCAAGGAUAUGGCUAUCCACUGGCAGGGGGAAAUUACUAUGCACCGUAUGCCAUGCCUUACACACCCCAUCUAAGCCUAGGCUACUUCCCCCCUGCGACUCCGUUCUAUCUGCCUCACCACUCCCUUGGACAUGUCCCCCCCUCACCCUUUAUGAGACCUGCUGUACCUCCCCCCAAAGCUUUCCACUCCAGUGGCCACGCAAAGCUCCAGGCAGGGGUCAAACAUCGCAGCGUCAGUGGUCAACUUCAGGGACCUUCAGCAAGAGGAGAGGUUUUAGGAUCCCUGGGGAACGGCAGUUCAGGUGGUCUCGGAGGCAUGCGCCUACAUAAGAGGAAGCACAAGCAUAAACAUAAGCACAAAGACGAGCCCUUGCUUUCUCCACGAGACUGUCAGGAGUUGGGUGGCCUCUUCAGCGGGGCAAAGGCCAGUUCACAUCGCAACAUGCUGAGUGACUCAUCCAGUCAAGGCCCUGCAAAGCAUCAGGAGAAGCAGAGGGCGAACAGUAGAGGCCCAAGCCUGGGAUCUACAUUGGGGAUGUUUGAAUCAGAAAAGCUAUCCUCACCUUCUCUUUCCGACAACCUCUUCCACUCCCGUCAGACUGGACCGCCUACUAACAGUUUCAUGAAUAGCUACAGUAGCCAAUCACAGCAGCCAGAAUCCACAUCCUUUCUCUUCCUGGGGUCACAAGAGGAUGAAUGUGGUUCGCGGAACAGGAAGAUGAGACCCAGUGUGUUCGGCGAUCAAGGCCUAAUGUCAUUGCAGUCUGCCCGGCAGGAGACAGGACAGAUGAACGAGUGCUCCAGCCCUCCUCUUUCUGGUGCUCCCGGUAAGCGUCGGUACAAGCGUCGAGAGGUGGAACAGAUCCAGAAGGAGGUGAGGAGGAUGCAUUCUUUGAACUUCGAGCAUGUGCAGAAGAUCCUCCGUGCUAAGCGCCUGCAGCGACAAGCCAAAACGGGGAAUAACGUCAUCAAGAGACGACCCGGACGGCCCCGGAAGCAACCCCUGGACGCGGGGCAGGCCGACGGACGGGAGGGGAACCGGGGCGAUGGCGGCGGUUUGGACUCCGCUCAGAGAGCUGACGGCAGGACUCAGGGGAUGCCUGUUCUGGAGAGGUGUGACCAGCCGGCGGGCAGCCUCAAAGACCACGAUUCCAUCUCUGCGACCAUCGAGAAGGUGGUCCACAAGGCUCGGUCAGUGGGGGGCAAACGCAGAGGCAGGGGCCACAGCGGGGACGACUUAUGGGCGCCCUCCAAUCAAUAGAACACAAGCUUUGAAAGAUCCAGUGCCCUUAAACCCGGGACUCAUGGUGCACUUUGGUUCGGGAGCACUUGUUUGUAAAGAUUCCUUGGACCUACGUUUAAAAACACGGCACUAUUGUGUGGUACUUAUGCUAGCAUAGGAUAUUCUGUCUCUGAUACAGUGAUGUGUAUGGUACUUUAUGAUCCUGUAUCUGAAUGUGGCCUCAGCCAUAUAUUUACCAGCAA